GCUUGUGGCUUGUGUAAUAUUCUGAUUGGCUGGUUUGUUUGGUGUGGGCGUGGAAAGGGGCGUGACCGGGUGUAUUGUGAUCUCACAAUCAGCUGUUUUGUACGCUCUACAUUCUGAUCCGAGGAUCAGCUGGAGGCAGCAAUAAACAGAAAGAAAAUCUGCAGCGGAAAAAAAACAGAGGGGAGGAGGUUGAAGAAGAAGAAGAAGAAGAGAAAAAAAAAGCUGCAGAUGUUAUGAUCUGAAAACAUCAGUGUAAUAUUUUUUACACGAAGCCCCUUCUUCUGAGAAGAAAGCCUUUUAUUUUUGUAUCAUGGUGUUUUAACUACCUCACUUAAAAGACUAUCUAAAGCUAUGCUUUAAGAAUUGUUGUCGUUUCUACUGUGUGUGAGAUCUCGUUUACAACUUGAAUAACAUUGCAAAGGCAGGCCUUUGCUCCAAACCAAGUGAAACCUUACAUUUGCACUAGAGAAGCCUGUCCACUCCAGCAAAGGGCUUCAAUUGAGUGAAAAAAAAAAAAAACAACAACUCAAAAAUCAGACAAGGAAUUGCUUAAAACAGCAACAAGUGAUACAUAAACACAAAUAAGACAUUCAAAAAGGCAGCUACAGCUUUUUCUUUGUGGACAACAAAAAGCACCUGAGUCAUAAAUACUUGAUAAUACAUAAAAGCAGUCAUGUUUCAACGUCUGAGCAACCUGUUGUUUGGGGAGGUAGAAGAGGUGGCGGCUGAGCUGAAGGGACCCAACCCCUGUGUGACUGAGGCCGACGAGGAGGGAUGGAUGCUCGUCAACCUGCCUGAAUCUGACUGCAUGAUGCAGGCGGACGAUGAGACGGGAGGCCCACUGAUUGCACAAUCAUUUCCAGACAAUAACCAAUCAAAUCAUCAAGACACACAUACAAGGACUGAAUGCCCGACCCUCAUUACCCACGCACCUCACAAGCGUCGUAGGACACAUAAAGCUCGGGCACGAGGUGCUGUAGCAUCAGAUCCCCUGUCUUGUCCAAGCACUAGCCCGUCAGACUUGGGUGCCACUACACCCGUGACCCUGCCGAGACGGGCCAGACUGUCCACGCCUUCCUCCACCCCGUCAAUGUCCCCUGCCUCUGGAAAGGGAGCCACAGCAGAGACCAGCCCGAUGGAGGACCUGCUCAUUGAACACCCCAGCAUGUCUGUGUACGUCUCCUCGAACAACUUGUCCAUGGUCUCCAACAGCAACCUGUCUGUGGUGGGAGAGGAAAGCAUUGUCAGCCUGGCGAGCAGCGUGAGCAGAGUGGCUGAACCAGCUGCUGCCUCUGUCAUCCACAGCACUAUGCCCACCCGGGUGACCCGUGGAGCAGCUGCCCAGGCUGGAGCUUUGGCCAAGGUCACUCAAGUGGCCAGGGUCCAGCGUAGCAAAGCCCGCAUUGAGCGGCGCCAUCUGGGCCGCAACCGCAUCCAACGCCAAAACCUCACCAGGGAGAAGGUCCCCCGCCACGCAGCCCACGCCAGAAACACCUUCCUUCACCAGCCCUGCAAGCGUAACAUCUGCCACUAAACUCUCCAGAAACCAGGGGGCAUCAUUUACUCUGAGGGCAUUAGUAGUGUUAGUAGUCAACUCCAAGACACACAUGAUUAAAUGUACUCAUCCACUGCAUAUUAGCUUUCAUUUCUGCAUAUUAUAUCUAUUGUAUCUAUUACACUUAGAUACCAGUGGACCAGUUUUUUUGGUUUUGGUUUCGUCACAAACUUGAUCUGGUAGUUUUAUGCCCCAUUGUGUUAUGAACCGAGCCCUCUGAGUAGAUCUGUGUAGACCUUUUAUUAUACUUAUUGUCCAUUGCAGUAUGCAAAAAACAACAAAAAAGUCUUCAAAAUAUGUAUACAGCUUAUAUUUAGUAACGAUAAUGUCUGAAAAACAACAAAAAGUUUUUUUUCUCCUUAUCUUAGUAAAAUAUUGUCUUUUCUUUCACUCUUACUAAAGGCAUGUUUUUUUUUCAUUAACCCAACUAUUAAAUCCCUAAAAUAAUUUGUUAAAUUUGGAGAUAAUGAUUUGAAAUUUAAAUAACCAAGUGUACUUUGUGACUUUUCUGGUGGAAACCAUGCAAUAUAGAGACAAGUUAUGCCUCAGAAUCAUUGCAGAGAAAACAACUCACCGCAUCUUCGAAGCUUUAUAUUACAAGUGCUUUCAUUUCAUUUUAAUUUUUUUAAAAAAAGGUGGAAGGAUAUACCGUGCGUGAUGAGUCUGAGAGGAAAAUCACUUCACAAUUGUUUCUCCUCAGUUGCAAAAGUAGACAUGAGGGUAGACCUGUGCAAGGAAACACAAGCAAAUCCUUUACAUCAUAGGAAACAAGUGUUGUGAUAUUUCUCUCUUCUCACUUUUAGAAGGAUGAGAGCAAGUCGAAGAUGGUGAGAGUAUGAGCAAAACAGACUAAAGAGUAAAAAGAAAUCAUGGUAUAGUAAUAUAUAUAGUAUUUAAAUGAUUGUGAUAAAUAUGAAAUGGUCAUGGGGAAGUGUAAUGUACCCCUCUGUGCAGCCCUUGUUUUAUAUAUUUCAUCUGCUUUAAAGAAUAAGUUUGUGAACAUAAAGAUAAAUAAAUUGAUAAGGAGUAUAAAUGGAGACGGAGGUGAAGAGAGACAGGGCUUGCCUUUGGGUUACAGGGUAUGGCAAGUAAGAGUAAGUGCAGAGCGGUAUUGAUGGCAACUCUUUAUUUUGUUUUGUUAGAUUGUUUUUUGCUCAUUUUAUGAAUCUUAACAUUAUUUUAUAGUCUCUCUGCAUGCUUCCACUAAAGAACGAAAAGAACGCUGGUUUCUGUCACACAAUUUGACUUUUAAAGCCAACAAAUAAUAAUAAUAAUAAAAAAAGAUGCUCCCUGUGGAUCAUACAUAGCAUAAUGAUCAUUAAAUGUGUGGUCUGUAAAUGAAAGUAUUGUGCCCAGCACACAUCAGCCAUUUUCAUCCGAAGUGUGUGCUGUGAUCUUACGUUAUCCAUGUGAACACCAAAAAGAAAGUAUGAUCUACGUAUUUACACAUUAGCUCUUUUCAUUGUCACUGAAUGGGGCAACUGUUAGGAGAAACGGGAAGAAAAAAGCCUAACAAGACUCAUCUUUCCCUUGCAACACAUUCAGAACCAUCAUUUUCCUUAUGGAUGUGCAACCCAUUUGCUCUCUAACAUCUACUCCAUCACUGUCUGUCCCUCUUUCGUUAGCACAUCCAGCACUAACAGUGUCCAUUUCAAGAUCUAGCUUACUGAUAUGUAUUCAACAACAAUAGUAAACAAUGGUGCUGAAGUGUAUACUAAUGUUUGUAAAUAAUUUGAGACAUGGAUGUAAGUUUGCACUGUCAUACAUUUUGUGAGUCAAAGUUUUAGCUGUGUGCUGUGUGCUUGUUUUUUUCUUUUGUGCUUUUUUUUUUUUUUUUGGGAAUUUUGAUUUUUGUUUUGAUUCAAAAUUGUGCGUGAGAAGGUGUACUGACACGUUUAUGCUAGAAACUCUUUAAAAAGACAUGAACAAUGGUCAUUUAUUUGUCUUGUAAAUAUUACAAAACAAUUUAACAUCGCUCUGUUAGAUGUCAAAGCCUCUCAGGACUUGAGUCCACAACGUCCUGCACAAUGGGACUAAUGAGAAUCCUCUCUCUGCCUCACCUCUGUGCUCAUUAUCAAAUCAAGAGGGCAUUUCAGUGGCCAAAAGUGGUGUCAUUGCCCAAGCUUCAGUCUCAACUAUUUGAGAUAAGAACAGCACUAGACUCAGAGUUGAUGUGCCAUAGGCAAACACUGCCCUCCAGAGGGUCCACUUAGCACAGCACUAGCUGAAUGAAUGCUGGUGAGGACACAGUACAAUGACAUGGGUUUUAAUAUGAUCUGUACUGGUGUGUUUAAAAGACAGAUUGAGAGUCUGGGAAUUCAUUUCUGAUUGUUUGAAAAAUCUAAAUGUUUCAUUUAGGUUUUGUUUUUUUCGAGAUAUGAAAUAUUUAUCCCCCCCCCCCUAGAAUCACAUACCACACUUUCUUCAUUUCUGACAAUAAUCAUAUAAAUGAUUGUUUUAUUCAAAAUCUGUUAAUAUCUGUUAAUUUAUUAUAAUUAUGAAUAUGAUCCUUUUUUUCUGUUUAAAGAUGACUAUUAUGUAUCCUGUUGAUUCCUCUGAAUGGUGCAGGAGAUGGACCUGAGGUGCUGAUUCUAACAUGCACACCCACACACAGUGAUCUCUACAUAUAAGCUGCCUCACUCCCGAAGGGGUUUACUCUUCUAAUUGAUUGUGUCUCCGAGGUUGAGUUUCAUUUGCCCGUUAAAAAUAGUACACACAGAUUGAAAACGGGGUAAUAAAGAGAGAUUACAGGUGGAAGUGUGUGUGCGUGCAAAAUGUAAAGAUCACCACAGAUACCCAUCUGCCGUUGUAAACCUGUCCUGUUUUCCUUAUUUUUAUUUUUUCCUUUCUCAUCAGUGUCAUGUAAAAAGGAAAUGUGUUCUCAGUAUGUUGUGUGUGAUUAUUGAGAGGUGUGGUUCAAGUGUGAAAGUUAUCCAACAGUGGGGAGAGGGAGUGGUCACCAGGUGUGUUGAGCCUAUAUGAUGCGGACAGGGAAAGGAUGAGGCAGGAGACAGAUAGAUUAUAUAUUUAAAAAAAAAAAGAUUAAAUUAAAUGUAUCAUAAAACUACAAUAGAAUAUGCUUGUAUUUUCCCAUAUAGUUAUUAGGACAGUUGUUCACCAAUAGGAUGUUUUAAAUGAAAGGCAUUGAAUGUCUGGGGAGUUUCAUAUGUUUUAUGUUGUGCCCUGAAAUGAUGGCAGCUUAAAAACACUUGGGGUUUCGCCUAUGUUACAUCUUAAUUAGUACACCCCUCCCCCCCAUAAAAAUGAAAUAUAUAGACAUAUAAAAUUUGGUGUAUCUGAUAUCUACAGUAUGGUGAUUGUGCCUUUCACUAUUUCUGCAUGGUUUUUGUGAUGUACUGAUUUUUCCAUCCCCAAAGUGGACAGUAGUCCGCUGACAGGCAAAAGACCUAUGCAAAAAUCAACGGAUGGGUUUUUCCAGCAUCCAUUCAGAAUACACAGGUACCCACCAAAAAAACAAACAAAACAACAACAAUAAAUACUCAGGUUAACACCUGAA